UCUCGGUGUUGCGCGAGCAGGUGGUGUUGGCGGUGCGUCAGGAGUACGUGCCCCUUGGGGACCAAGUUGUGAGGCUACACGACGGCGACGAGGUGGCUGUCAUCCCGCCCCUUAGCGGGGGUUAAUCAAGUUCAGGGAUGGCUGAGGAUGUGGAUGGUCCACGUGACCUCAUCAAGCUCACUCAUGAGAGGCUCUCCUCCGAUGCAGUGUCUUCCUCCGUCACCUGUCCAUCCUGUGGAGCCAUAUCUCUGUUUAUCGGAACAACGAGAGACAAUUUUGAAGAGAAGAAAGUUGUCCAGCUGGAGUACGAGGCAUAUGUCCCCAUGGCUGAGCUGGAGAUGAAGAAGAUUUGCACCAGCAUAAGAACAAAAUGGCCGUCAGUGAGACAUAUCUGCAUCCAACACAGACUGGGUGUGGUUCCUGUCACUGAGGCCAGUGUGAUUGUGGGGAUUUCGUCCCCUCACCGGGUCGACUCUUUGGAGGCUGUCCGGUUCUGCAUUGACACCCUGAAGGCCACGGUACCCAUCUGGAAAAAGGAGGUCUAUGAAACUGAAGAUCCCGUGUGGAAACAGAACAAGGAGUGUUUGUGGUCAAGUGGCGGGAAAAAGUAGAAAACAUACCGUAGGCCUACAGUGCUCAGUAGAUUUGGCAGUGCUAAUGCAACAUGUAGAAGAGGGUCAAAGUUGUUAACGCUUGUGUGGUUGGUCCAACUGUAAGUGCUGAAUUAACACUGGGGAUUUACUGAAUGUUCAGCCCACAAGUUUACCAAAGAGACUGAUGCAUUAUGGCAUGUACAAAGUCAUUUACACCUUCAAUACUUCGUUUUUGGGAAAUACAUUUUAUUGUAGUAUUUUUCCAUUUGGUCAGAUCUAUUUGUAUAAACACAAAAUCGAAAUUGUUUUAUGACAGAUUUGUCAACAUACCACACAUAGGCCUGUAGACAUUUCCAUGAUUGAGAUACAUUAUCAUGUAUAUCAGGUGUGCUAAAUUAAGAGAUAAUUAGUAAGUGAAGAAAAACAGUUAAAAUAAUGCAAUGAAUGUUGACUAUUUUAUGUGAAGAUUCUGAGGUGCCUUGAAUUGUUAUUAAAGAUAUCUAUUUACUGUAAAAAAAAAUAAAAAAAAAUGUGUUUGUCUUUACUUGGUCUGUGCAACAUAAAUAGGCUACUUCGAUUCAACUUAUAGGUCCAGCCUUUUCUUGGAACCAAUAUCCUUAUACCGGUAAAUAAAUAAAAUCAGAAUACAACUAUGAAUAGAAUCCCUAGAAUACAAGGGAUCCUUAGAACACUCCCAUGGUUUCAAAAUCUACCGUCAA